AUGGAGUUGAAAGGGAUGCUCAAACCACACCUGAGGCUUGGGUACCGCAUUAAAUACGCUAAGAACACCACGCUGGUCUACGAGAAGGGCCUGAGCGAGAUUAGACGACUCAAGACCCACCAUACAGAGAAGAAACAAGAGUUCCUUACUUACGCCACCAAGGAUGAUAAGAAACAUGCCUAUAUACUCAGGGGCCUCGAUGCGGGUUUUCAUGUGGAGGAAAUUACUCAAUUUCUGCACCAGAAAUACGACAUACAAAUCGCAGAUAUCUUCCUAUUGAAAAACACAGAGAUGCCUCUCUGUCUAAUAAUUGUAACGGUCCCCACACAGCCAAUUCUAUAGUGUCCCCUAUACAAACACCGAAAACAAAGCAAAGCCCCAAAUACCAACACUGCUCCCAAGUUUAUCCCAGCGCCUGCCUCAGCAGUUAAGCAGUGAGAAGCCAGGAUAUACAUCAACACCCGGAGAGCCGCCAGCCAGUCCAACAUCGAUGC